CGGCGAUUCUUUCAGCACACGAGUGCACAAUGUUUAAUAAGCGAUAUACGGAAAUCAACCAGUUCUCGCUCAUUUGUGCGCAGACUCAGCCACCGUGCGGUGCCGCGUACUCUACUUUCUGCGAGCGCGCUCCACGCGAGUACCAUUACCGGCGGGCGGUGAACGCCUGCGUGGAGACGGACACAGUGGACGCUGCUGACGUCUGCAACAGGGGUGCCAACCGGUUCUCAUCCCUGGAUCACUGCCUCAAGAACUGCGUAUCCGCCGAGUACCCGGCCGAGGAGUGCUUCAAAUGGCCGCUUUUCACGCGCUGCGCCAGGCAGGACGCACUGUCGAGAUGGUGGCACUUCGAGGGCAAGAAGUGCGUGGCCUGGACAUUUCCUUCGGGCGGCUGCCCAGCCAACGGCAGCAAGGUUUUCACAACGGCCCAAGAGUGCGAAGAACACUGCCGUCAUCACGGAGCAGGGUGUCGGCGGCCCGAUGUGGUGGCAUGUGGACGUCGCCACCUCAAGUACCCGUACUUCGCUCACGUUUACGCCAAAGAAGGUCGUGUGCGCUGUCUCCGCUCGUCCGAGACUCUGUUGCAGGGAAAGCGGUGUCUGGCCGGUGCCAACCGAUUUCGCAGUCGCCAAGCUUGCCAUGCGUCCUGCAGGAAUCGGCCGCCGUCACUUGGCUAGGGAUUCUCAGCUCUGUUCGGCCAUGCACAGGGCACGACCCCGCGCAAAAGCGAAUUGUUAUUUUUUGUCUCGUACUACGUCUUUCUGCAACGUUUAGCUUCAACGCCACAUUUUGUAUACGCUUCUCAUUUUUAGAUGGGAAUUAUGA